AUGUCCCCGCUGCGAAGACAGGUUCUCGGGACCGCAGGCGACACGCACUUGGGCGGCAACGACUUUGACGACAGGAUCGUGGACUGGCUCGUUGGCACCUUCGAGCAGCGCGAGGGCAUCGACCUGCGCCAGGACGCACAGGCGCUGCAGAGGCUGAUCGAGGCGGCCGAGCGCGCGAAGAUGGAGCUGUCCAGCCUCUCGGCGACGCGCAUCUCGGUGCCCUUUGUUUCCAUGGGCGCGGACGGCCCCAAGCACAUCGAGGAGACGCUCACGCGCGACCACUUCGAGGACCUCUGCCGAGACCUCGUCGACAGGAUCCGGACUCCGGUGCAGACGCUCCUGGCGGAGCAGGGGUUUAGGGCGAAAGACUUGGCGGAGGUGGUGUUCGUCGGUGGCUCCAGCCGCAUGCCGAUGUUUCAUGACGUGGCUCGCGAGCUCACCGGCUUCAAGCCCGUGAACAAAUCCGUCAACGUGGAGGAGGUGGUCGCCGUGGGCGCGGCGGUGCAGGCUUCGAUGCUGAUCGGGGAGACGAGGGACAUCAUGCUCUUCGACGUCACGCCCCUGACCUUAGGAGACGUUUCCUCACCCUCUGUGGUUGUUAUGCCGCUCAUCAACCGCAACCAGACCCUGCCGCACAAGAAGGUGAUGAUGUUCACCACCUCCGAGAACGCACAGGACGAGAUUGAGGUCAUCGUAUUGCAGGGUGAGCGGCCCAUGGCCAAGGACAACAAGCGUCUGGGCAGCUUCGUCCUCGACAACAUCCCGCCCGCUCCGAUUGGCGUCCCCAAGAUCGAGGUGAGCUUCGAGAUCGGCCUGGACGGCAUCCUGGAGGAGCCCCAGCUCCAGCACCUGGGCUCGCCCGUUGGCUUCGCGGGGAAGAACGGCCAGCCCGCCGAGUCGUUGGGGUCGCCGGCGGCUCUGGCGUCCCUCGGGCUGCAGGCCCCCUUGUUCUUCAAGCCGACCGACCACACUUUCCUGUUCACGAAGGGUGGCCAGUGCCCCGGUGGCGUGAGCCGCGCCGUGGCGGUGCACUUCACCUGCGGCCUCGAGGCCAGGGUGCUGAAGGUCACGGAGGUGCAGAUGUGCGCCUACGUGGCCCUGAUCUCCCACCCCGGGCCCUGCAGCCUGGAGUCGUGGCCCCCUGCGCUUGGCAGCCUGGCCAGCAAGGGCAUGGAGCUCCCGCAGCUGGAGGCGGCGAUCUCGGAGUGGCUGCGGGGGUCGGCGGCGAACCUCACCGUCCGGGAGGGGGGCCCGCUGGACUGGGACGAG